UCUCAUCCAUCUGUCAUCCCACUUUCCGGUUCGCGUUCGCACUUUGCAUCGUAAUUUUGCAUCUUGCAUGCCGACAUUUGAUAUUGAGCUUGCGGACACGUAAUCUUUUGGAACGUCACAACAUAUCUGCACAACUGCCACGAUGGCGUCGUCAGAGGACCGCGAAAUGAUGGAACGCAUCAGCCGUUUGGCUGGCCAGAUCAAUCGCCACAGGAAUCAGCAGGCGGGCUUCGCUCCCGCGCCGCCUGUUCGGCCACCUCACCAUGCAGGCUACUCUGGUGGAUGGCGUCGCGGCGGGUUUCCUCAUCGUGGAGGCCACUCGUCCGCCCGAAUGCCCGUCUACCGCAACAGGACCCUCAUCCUAAACGGUGGUUCUCAGCAAAAUCAAUCGGGCGAGGCUGACUCAGGCGCGACGUCGGACGCAUCCACCUCGUCGUGGGUAACCAAGAACGACCGCCAUCUACAGCUUAUCAAUUCGAAUGUCUACAAAAAGGAUGCCGAGACGAGGACGCUUGCUAUGGAGCAAACACGGCGCCAGAAGCUGGCGCUGAGGGACAAGCAAGAGCGUGCUAAGCUGAUUAGCCACCUCAACCGCAUGGUAAACAGCGGUGGGUUUGGGACAGCUAACCAGCAGACCACUCCGGGCAAGUACGAGAUCGCUGUCCAGGGCGUCCGGUUCAUUGUGGCCAAGAACGGCAGCAAACUAGUUAAGGUUCCCGGCGAUGGCAACACGGCAAAGGCGACCCCCAAGAUGGCAGUCAUCGGCGGCGUCAAAUUCUACCGAAGCAAAAACGGCAAUCUGUAUCGGCACGGCAUAGUGAAAGCGCACCGGCAAUCCGGCGCCGUCAAGAAGGUCAACGUGCCUUGCAAACAGUUUUCCAUGACCGGUAACUGCAAUCUCCUCGACCGACGCCCCCGAGCAACACGUCUUCGACCGGGCUUCGGUAAGUCAGCCACCGGAGAAUUCACUAACCGCGACACAGGUUCCUGCACCCAAGGCCCGCGUUGCCGCUACGUGCACGAUCCGCACAAGGUUGCGAUCUGCAAGGACUUUCUGCAACAGGGUGACUGCCCCAAUGGCGACCACUGCGAUCUCUCACAUGACCCCAUUCCCGAGCGCACCCCGACUUGCCUGCAUUUUGCCCGGGACAGCUGCACCAAGCCUGACUGCAAGUAUGCCCACGUAAAAGUGUCGCCAGCUGCUCCAGUUUGCAGGGACUUCGGCUUCUAUGGCUACUGCCCCAAAGGCGCUAGCUGCCGCGACCGCCACGCCUUCGAAUGCCCCGACUUCAGCAACACGGGUGUCUGUAAAAACAAGGGCUGUAAGCUGCCGCACCGAGAGAGGGCAAGCGUCCUCCGGAGAGGCGCUGGCAACCGGGAUCUGUCCAAUGUGGAGGACGAGGAGAUGGAAGACGUUUCCAGCGAUGACGAUGGGGAGUCGAUCGACGAAGACGACGUCGACUCGGACGAGGUGGACGAGUUCAUCGGCCCCGACGAGAACGGGGGUCUCGAUUUUGCGGAGCAAAAGGACUUCAUCGAGCUAUGAUGCUGCUUCCUUCUGCCCCGCCCUGCCCGGUACUUCCAUUUUCCGUUCGUGCAUUGCGCACAUCUCUACCCCUGAUACCCCAUUUGCAUUGCAAUGUUAUUGGGAGCGGAGUGACGUUGGCCAUAUGGUGGCGUUUAAAGAGAAAACUGGCGGCGCACCGCAGCGUGCGAUAAUGUUGGAUCAGAGAAGAAGAGUAUACAUAGUUGGCCUUAUAGAGGGAUGAAGAAACGUGUAUUCAUUAAAGCG